AUGCGCGGAUAUCUGCGGAACGACCUUUUGCGACGAAAUACGGAAAGAACUGCCAGGUAUCAUCUCCAUGAUUUGAUUGAACGUGAGCGCGCGCAGGACAUCAAAGCUCUACAAAGCAACGAAAUUCGUACGCCUGAGUCUCAGGCUGACUAUGGCGCCGCACUUCUAUAUGCGAUCGAGUGUGGUAAAGAUGAAAUUGCAUUGGCACUCAUUGACAGUCGCGGGAUUGACCUGAGCGUGCGAAACGAGGAGAAAUGGACGCCUCUUACUCUGGCAAUAGCCGAAGGCAAGACAGAAGUGGUGCAAAAGUUACUCGAGCGCGAUGACAUCGAAGUCAACGGUGUUCGAGGCUUCGACUACGGUCUGCCAAUCUUUGAAGCCUGUAAACGGGAAGAUCUCGAGAUCCUUCAGAUGCUGCUCGCCUCGGAAAACAUCGAUGUCAACGCAACAGACAACUGCGGUCGGACAGCCUUACAUUUGGCCGCUGAAAAUCGCCAUGUCGCAGCGAUACAAGCCCUUCUCGAUGAUGGGCGGGUCGACAAGCAAGCCCAAGAUGACCAGUCAUUGACGGCAAUUAGUAUUGCUUUGGAGGCCGGAUCAUUUGAUGCUAUUUCAUUACUUUGGGCACAUGGCUCGCGUUUUCUGGUGGAAGAUCUUUUAGAGGAAAGCAGUGCUGGGCAUGUUUUCGGCAGUCAUCGCUGCAAAGACGGUGGACGGGAAAUCCAUACUUUGUGUGCAUGUGCUGCAGCAUGCGGUGAACUGGAAUUGGUUGAGCAACUGCUUGGAUUUACGAGCGAGAAUACUCUUACAGAGUCAAUGCACAUGGCCGAGAAGAAUGGGGAAGCCGAAAUUGAAGAUCUACUAUUAAUGUACACAACGGCAAAAAGAAAGCUAGUCGAUGACGUAGUCGCAAGCUGCCGGCAAGAGCGCAAGAGGAAGAAAUUGAGCACCUAUCUACGAGUUUAA